CCGCUUUAGACGUCCCCCUUUUAGGAAGUUUGUGUUCAGUCACGUGAUUCGCGGCCGGAAUUAUGAAUUUGGCUAAAAUUAAGGGAUCCGCCCUUGUAAACUAUUAUGAACAAAUAAUAAUUUACGGUCAUUAAUUAACGAAACUGCGCCACAAUAAGUAGAUUCGAUUUUUAUUCGAGAUUCGAUUUAAAAUCGAUUCUUAUCGAUUUUCGAUAGUUUCGAUUUUAAUCGAAUCUUUUCCGAUCCCUAAUCUAUAUUCCGUGUGGGGUCAUUUGCACGAAUGAAUUUUUGCCCAUUCUUAAUAAUGAAUGUACUAUUCCUUCUCCUUUUGUUAUGUCUAAUCAUCGACGUGCAUGCGUCACUCAUCAAAAAAAAAUUUUUCAUCAAUUACAUCUAAAAUCUCUUUCUCUUAAAAAUAACAAUAAUAAUAUAUCCCCUACAAACAACAAAAUCACACACGCAAAUAAUCUUUUCUCCGCUUGGAAUACUCUUCAAGAAAAACGUGUUUAUUCUAAACGUUUAGGGAUUGAAUACACGUUUAAAUAUCAAGCGAACGGAUCAAAAAAUGUGCUUUUGCACGGUAAUCAUUUUAUGUAUAGAAAAAGAUUAGAUAACUUUAAACACAAUUACAGUCACAAUCCACGUAUGAGAAAAAGACAAGAAACGCGUUUUAAACGUCAUUGUCGAAGAAUUUUCAGAACCAACAAAUCUAACCCUAUUACUUCUCUAGAUGAUCGAUUGGUAGCUGGGAAACGUUAUCAUUUUCUCUUUUUACAAUCACAAUUUGUCAACAAACCUAUCAAACACCUCAAAUACAACAAAAAAUCAUAUUUGCCGAAUCCUCAAGAUUACAAAUUUCGUGUUCCAUUUUUUUCGUUUAGUUCAUCAACUCGUGGUCGUAUUAUUUGCAACGUGGUUGAGAAUACUUCCACUAUUGAUGAUUCAGCUACCGGAUCUUUAUCAACAGUACCAGAGACAGAUACUAAUUUAGAAUCUUCAGCAACUUCAUCAUUCCUUACAGUCAAUAAUUUUGAUCCUUUACCUUCAACUGUUACAAUUCCGUACGUUUGAUUAUUAGUAAAUAGCGGUGCGUAUAUAUUCCUAUAACUAUAACCUUGUUAUCUCUCGUAUUACUUAUUGGAAAAGCGAUCCCAAUUUUUUUUUCAAAGGUGAAAUUGUCAAUUAAAGAACGAAGUAAAAGUGUUUGUAAAUGAUGAAAUAUUUUAACGUUUCACUAAAAGAAAAGAAACGUGAUAUUAAAAACGUUUUAUUAAAAGAAAUAAAUUAUUUCCGAUUUCUAUCAAAUCCAUGCAUCCAGGCCG